UUGUCUGCCUGCCUGCCUGCCUGCUGUUCUCAGUGUGUGUGUACGAGGACACAGGGAUGGCAGCAACCAACAUUUCAGUGGAAGAGGAGCAGUUCUGUUGCCCCAUCUGCCUGGAUGUCCUGAAGGAUCCAGUGACUACUCCCUGUGGACACAGCUAUUGUAUGAGCUGCCUCAAGAGCUACUGGGACAAGAGUGACCAGAGGGGGGUGUACAACUGCCCGCAGUGCCGGGAAAGCUUCUCCCCGAGGCCGGUGCUCGGCCGAAACAACAUCCUCGCGGAAGUGGUGGAGAAGCUGAGGAAAGCUGGCGUCCAGGCGACCGCCCGUGCCCAGGCAUACGCCAGCGUGUUCGAGGAUGUGGAGUGCGACGUGUGCACCAAGAGGAAGAGCAAGGCCGUGAGGACCUGUUUGGUGUGUCUGGCCUCUUACUGUGAGAGCCACCUCAAGGCACAUCAGGAGAGCAAGCGCAGUGGCCACAAGAUCGUCGAGGCCACAAAACAACCGCAGAAGAGGCUCUGCUCCCAGCACAGGAAGCCGCUGGAGUUGUUCUGCCGCGCUGAUCAUAAGUGCAUUUGCUUCCAGUGCAAGGCUGAGGGGCACAAAGGUCACGGUGUGGUUUCUGCAAAUGCUGAACGAGUCGACAGACAGAAGCAACUGAAAGAUGCUGGGAAGAGAUCCAGACAGGUGAACCGAGACAAGGAAAAGGAGAUCAGGCAUGUGGUCAAAUACCUGAAGCAAUCUGCUGAGGCCGCCAUGGAGGACAGCGAGAGAAUCUUCUCCAAGCUGACCCGCACCAUAGAGCGCAAGCGCCUGGAGGUGAAGGAGCUGAUCAAGACCCAGGAGAAGGAGGCGGUGGCCAAGGCCGAGGGCAUCCUGCACACGCUGGACCAGCACAUGACCGAGCUCAGCAUCAGAGACGGGCAACUCGACCGGCUGUCCCAGACUGACGACCACAUCCACUUCCUUCAGAGAAGCCAAUCACUGGAGAGCGUCCCAGAUCCAGGGGAUCUCCCCAGCCUGGACAUGCACCCCUACUUCUCCCUCAUUACCAUGAGAAAGUCACUCUCCGAGCUCAAGGAGCGGCUGGAUGAGUCAAUCAAGAAAGAACUAACUGCCAUCUCAGACAUAAUUAAUACCAAAGAGGAGCGCACACUGCACUCAUCCACAUCCAAACCACAGACCUUAAGACGAGGACAAUCAGUGGAUGAUCUGACCAUGCAAAACAGCAGCGCCCCCAGGACUAGAGCAGAGCUCCUGCAAUACUGCUGUGAGGUAACUCUAGACCCAAACACUGCCAACUCCUUUCUCAGCCUUCGAGACGGAUUCCGAGAGGUGACUACGGGCAGGGAGGCGCUGCCGUACCCAGAGCACCCAGAGCGCUUCACCUGCUGGGCGCAGCUGCUGUGCCGGGAGGGCCUGGCGGGACGCUGCUACUGGGAGGCGGAGUGGAGGGGUGCCGGAGGCGUCUCCGUGGGGGUCGCCUACAAAAGCAUCCGCCGCAACGUCGGCAGCGCUGACGGCAAGCUGGGCCACAACGCCAAGUCGUGGGGCCUGAACUGCCUGGACUCUACGUGCUGCUUCCAGCACAAUAAAACCAGAGUGGACUUGCUGGCUCCCCGCGUCACUAGAGUCGGGGUCUACCUGGACCACAGAGCUGGGGUGCUGGCGUUCUACAGCAUCACGGACACCCCCACCCUCCUGCACCGCGUGCAAACCACCUUCACACAUCCGCUCUACCCGGCGUUCUGGGUCGGGCUGGGCUCCACCCUAAAGAUCUGCACCUUUUUCAACUUCAAAGCCUGAGGCAUAAAACUCAAUGUGGAUGGAUGCCAUUUAGUAAUUACAUAACCUUGUUCGGAGUCAUUCUCCGUGUAAUACAACCUCUGGAGAAAAAAA